UUGAACCUGGAGGAGGAGGGCUCCGCGUUCUUUCGCCAUGGCCGCCGCUUCGAAGCUACCGCUUCUCCGGCAAUUACCAAGGCUUCUCAGGCUUUCUCAUCCUGCUUUUCUGCUCCGUAGCUUAAGCAUAUCUCCUCGAUUUCUUCUAGCCUCCAUCGAUUCGCAGGAUAUCUCCCGGAGAAGACGAUCUUUUACCCACCUAGAUUCUUCUUCCGGCAUCAGAAGCUUCUGCUCUGAAGGCCCUGCUUCUGUUGAUUAUCGCACGCUUUUGCGGGAGGAUGAGUUCCACAGAUUGGCGAACUCCACCAUUCAUGACCUUCUCGAGAAGAUUGAGGAAUACGGUGACAACGUUCAGAUUGACGGUUUUGACAUUGAUUACGGGAAUGAAGUUUUGACAGUUAAGCUUGGAUCUUUAGGCACAUAUGUUCUGAAUAAGCAAACCCCGAACAGACAGAUCUGGCUAUCUUCGCCCGCGAGCGGCCCGUCUAGGUUCGAUUGGGACAAAGAUUCCAAUUCCUGGGUUUAUCGGCGAACUAAAGCAAACCUACUCAAACUCCUGGAAGAGGAGCUGGAGGAUCUAUGCGGAAAACCGAUCACUCUCUCGUAGAAUCUCUUGAGAAUUUGCAAGGAAGAGGUUACAUGUAUUGAGCUCAUGGAGUAGUAAGUUGUCUUUGGACAAAGGGUUUAUAGAAAUAACAGGUCAAGCCUUUGCAAGGAAGGGAAGAAACUGCACAAGACACAACAUCUCGGAUCUUAACUGAUAUGUUUCGGCGUUUCGGGCAGUUAGAUAAUUACCGAAUAGUUUAGUAGAUUACGUGAUAUUUCCAAAUAUUCAUGCAAUAUGUUAUUCCCGUAUUUUGCAUCUGUUGGUAUCCUUUGUAAAAGAGGAAUUGAAUCGACUGUUUAUUUUAUCUGUCGAAAUAUUAAUAUUUUGGUCAAAUAAAAAUA